AUGGGAAUCCCGGCCAGGCCUCCGGAAGAUGAUGAUGAUGAGGAAACAACCCGAUUAAGUGGACACGACUUGACGCGGUGUGUUGCUGUGCGUGGGCGCACCUGUCGGUUACUAGUGUCCGCAGCAAGGAUCAAUGGCGAACGUAAACUGGAGCCCUGGCGGUUUCGUACCGCCCUGAGGGAUCCUCGUGGAGUGGAGUACCAGUUCCCACCAGAGCACCGGAGUGAGGGCAACUCCUCGUGCACUGCACUUCUCGAUUCAACAAAACGUCACCCCUAUUCCAGCAGUAUUUAUCUACCACCGGACAGCCUAUAG